CUGUCUCUGGGUUUGAGGAGCCAUGAUCUCGGCAAUUCUGAUCAUAAACCGCAAGGGCGAGAUUGUGAUCAGCCGAUUCUACAGAGAUGAUGUUACGAGAGCGGCUGCCGACGCGUUUCGGCUUCAGGUCAUCGCAUCCAAGGAGACCGGUUCUUCGGCGCCCAUCAUGUUGUUGGACGGCAACACCUUCCUCUACACGCGACACCUCAACCUAUACCUGGUAGCCGUCACGCGGGGCAACGUGAACCCCGCCAUGGUGUUCGAGUUCCUCUACCAGAAGAUCAGGAUCUUCAAGGCGUACUUCAAGAGAGAUUUCGACGAGGACACUCUCCGCAACAACAUGACCCUCAUCCUUGAGCUCAUGGACGAGACGAUGGACUACGGCUACCCUCAGAUCCUGUCCAUUGACGUGCUUCGCACUUACAUCAACCUGGGCACGAUACGAUCACUCGACGGAGACCCGCAGGAGAGCGGCCAACUAACGAGCCAGAUCACGGGGGCGAUCGACUGGAGACGAGAGGGGAUCCGGCACAGAAAAAACGAGGUGUAUAUUGAUGUCCUGGAGUCGGUGAACCUGCUCAUGUCCUCUAACGGAGCGGUAUUGCGAAAUGACGUCAGCGGCAAGGUGAUCAUGAAGACUCUUCUAUCCGGGAUGCCCGACUGCAAGUUCGGCCUGAACGACAAGCUCAUCAUGGAGCGUGACGCGAAUGCGAGAGGGAGGCAGGACCGUCGGCCAGCGGUUGCCCUCGAUGACUGCACCUUCCACCGCUGCGUACGGCUGGGCAAGUUCGACGCUGAUCGGACCAUCACCUUCAUCCCGCCCGAGGGCGAGUUCGAGCUCAUGCGAUACCGCGUCGCAGACAACGUGAAUCUUCCUCUUCGGAUAAUACCUGCGGUGCAGGAGGAGGGGAGGGGUCGCGUCACCAUUAACCUCAAGGUAUCUGCGGACUUCAGCUACAAGCUCUUCGGCAGCAACAUUGUGGUGAAGGUGCCAGUGCCUCCGAACACGGCGCGAUGCCUCAUCCACGUGGGGUCGGGCAGGGCUAAGUACGAGCCGGAGCAGCGGGCUAUCGUGUGGCGGAUCAAGCGCAUGAUCGGUGGUGCUGAGGCGGUGUUUACGGCCGACGUGGAGCUGACCCCUAGCAUCCGGGGGAAGGCGUGGUCACGGCCUCCCAUACAGGCGGAGUUCCAGGUGCCGAUGUUCACGUCGUCUGGGGUACAGGUCCGCUUCCUCAAGGUUUACGAUAAGAGCGGUUACCUCACCAAGCGAUGGGUCCGGUACAUCACACGCGCAGGCCACUACCAGAUCCGUAUCUGAUCCCCGCCGCCGAGAUCUGGCGAGUUUGGUCGUUUGAGCUCUGCUGCCCCCCUUCUCUCUUGAAGGCACUCUCGUGUUGAGACUGCUGUUUGGCAGCUCCUGGGCUUCCCGUCAGAAACCGGGGUGUGCGUGUGUGUGUGUGUAGGGCGUUUCGCCCGACCCGUUGUACCAGUUGUUGUCUACUGCUUAAGUGGUGUGCCCCCAUGUGGCGGGUGUGCACACCUCG